AUGAAGUUGGUAUUUGUGCUAUCGCUGAUGCUGUGUUACAGUUCAGCUCAGAGUGCUGAUUCAAGUGAGUAUAUUGUACAGUCCAACCUAUGUGAGUGACUACCUUUCGUAAGCGACCAUCUAACCAAAACACCAAAACUUUCCCAGUGGAGGCCUUACAGUUGGUACCUCUAGUAAAUUACCACCUCCUGUAAGCGACUGCGACCAUUAUUUGGGUCUGACGGUUUAAUGAUUUCCAUUGGUUUUAACCUCUUGUAAGCGACCACUUCAUGGUCCUUCAAGCAUGGUUUGAUCUCUAUUUUAGCUGUGUGUACUAUGCUAAUAGGAAUAUACGGAGAACUUUAGCAAAAUAUGGAACUACACACUUGCAAUAUCUUAUCUUCCAUGAAAAAAGUUGUGUUCGGACACCUUCUCCUUAAGCGGCCAUUGAGUCUGCAUUUUUUGUGCUCUCUUAUAGGGGUUCGCAUGUAUUUUUAUCGCGCAGAAUAUACUAUACGCCCCUAUUUUUCUCCUGUCUGUCCACCCAAUCAGCUGACAUGGAGAAAACAGAAACUAGUGUUUAACUACCAAACAUCUGGCAACUUUUCUUCUCUAAGCUUUUUUUUUGGCAAUUUUCGUGAUCCACCUAUAGUGUUCAAAACCUCAAUCACCCUAGGUCAGAUUUGAUUUCAGGUAAUAUCCUGUAAGUUUGCCACAUUGCAUUUUUAAACCAGUGGGAAAAUAGUGGGAUUUAGGAAAUUCGUUUAGUUUGUUAUGUCAUCUCAAACUUUCGAAAAAGCAAAGAACGUAGAAAAAAGAACAUUGAGGGCGAGACCCUUAAGUUCUCUAUUGAUUAAGAAAACACAAGUCUACGUGUAAAAUUACAAUCUGAUUUUAUAGGAUGUGGUUCUGUGGUAAACAACGCCUUGACAAGUCCUGGAUUUCCAACACAAUACCCAAAUAACAUGCACUGUGUACAACGUUUCCAUUCCAUCCGGAAAGGCGCUGAAGAUCAGUUUUUCAACUUUUUCCCUGGAACCACAUACUCGAUGCGGGUAAGUAAUUUAACAAUAGACAGCUUUAGAGCCACGUUUACGGCAAAAGGCAAACGGCAAACGUCAGAUUCAAGUUGAGAAUAUCUCAAAAUUAGAAAAAAGUAGCAGAUACAAACAGCUCAAAGUAAUUCUUAUGGAUAAAACUGGCAUAAACAAUUCAGAGGUAAUGAACAAUUAACAUCAAGAAAAGGGAAAACUUUUUUUUUUUUUUUUUUUUUUUUUUUUUUUUUCAAUAUUUAUUGAUAAUCACAUUAAAUAAUUACAGUUACAAUACUACAGAAAAAAAAACAAAAAAACAAAAACAAAAACAAAACAAAACACUUUAACAAUAGACAUUAACAGAGUAAAGCAAGAUUAAUUAUUAAAUUAAUACAGGGCUAAAAGAGAUUAUAAAAAGUACAACAGGGCAAUGAAAUAAUACGAAGUUAAUGCAGUUAACUUAAGUAAGGCGUCAGUAUCCACUUUCUUUUAAAGAAUUCUUUGUUGCUGAUUUUUUCUUCUGUUUCAUAUUUAGCGAUGAUCUUGGCCCUAAAUCCAUAAAUGUUUGGAAAGAUUUGUUUGCUCCUACAGUCCCACAAAUAGAGUUUUCCAAUAAUUAUAAAAUAGUUCAGCAGUUGAAGUAAAGGGCAAGUAUUUUCCGUCAAAAUUCCAAACAGCACAUUUUCCAAGCAGAGACGAAUUCGUUGAUUCGAAAUAAGGCACCAAUAAAGUUCAAAUUCAAUCCAAAACUGUUUAGAGCGCGAGCAGUGAUAGAACAAAUGAGUUAAUGAUUCGGGUUGAUUGUCACAGAAAGAGCAUAAAUCAUUUGCUCUAAAACCUAUUUUAUACAACUUUGUAUUUGAGUAAAGAAUUGAGUUAAUUACCUUGUACUGGAAUGCUUUAACAUACGAUUCGACAACGAUAGAGUGAGGCAGCUUAAAUAUUUGCCUCAGAUUGUCGCUGUUAAAAUGAAAGUUACUCUGUAAUUUUUUAAUAAUAUUGGGCGGUUUAGCUUUUUCUCUGAUGAAUAGGUUGUAGUAAUCCUUUGAUUUCCCUUUCGUAACAUCAAAAGUAUUGUCACCCACCACAAAUGUUGGAGAGUUUAUGGAAGGAUACCUGUCAUAACCUCUUAACGAUAAUGGAAUGGACCUACGUAAGCCAGCCCAUUCUAAAAUAUUUGUUUUGCAUACUUUUUUAGACAGUUCAUUAUAAGAAUCAGUGCUGUUCAGACUAAGUAAAAGAUCUUGAAUGCAAAUGACUCUCGCAUUAACAUAAUGUUUAUAAUAAACCGGCUUGUUUUCUACUUUUAUUUCUUUGUUAUUCCAGAUUAUGGUUUUCCAGUCUUCUUCAGUGGCAAACGUUUCACGAAAUUGCGACCACCAUAACAAAAGUUCCCGAUAGAAUUGAGAAGGAAUUGUGUAAUCCGAGAUAUUAUAGUUGCAGUUAAAAAAGAACAAUCCCCCAACGGAGCCCAUUAUGUGUUGUAGGUAGCUUUUCCAAGUUCCAUUAGUCCCACUGAAGAUACGUUUUAACCAAGCUAAUCUCAAUGAUUUAACCAUGCACUCGAGAUCAACCAUUCUGAGCCCUCCCUCUUCGUAUUCAUUUAUAACUGAAGCUCUUGUUACCUUAUCUACACCUUUCCAGAGAAAUUUAAACAGUAUUUUAUUCAAUUCUUUUAGCAAUUCAUUGGGAGUUGGAAGAAUCGAACAAACGUAAAUGUACUUGGGGAUAAGAAAAGAUUUGAUUAUUGUCACCUUACCGUAUAUCGAUAAGCCUCUAGCGGACCAUAUAUUAAUAAGCUUUUUAAUUGAAUCCAGUCGUUCUAUAAAAUUCUUUUCUUUAAGCAAUUUUUGGUCGUAAGUAAAAUAUACACCUAGAGCUUUUAUUGGCUCGUCCGGCCAUUUAACACCGAAUGGUUUUUCUUUAUAAUGUCUCUUAGAUCCAAUCCACAUACCUUCAGUUUUUGAACAGUUAAUCUUGAGUCCAGAGAUGAUUUCGAAUUUGUUAAGUAGUUCAAAUAACCUUUCGGCCGAGCUUGUGUCAGCUAACACAGCGGUUGUAUCGUCUGCAAACUGUAAAAGCUUAGUUUCCUCGGUUCCUAUUGUGAUUCCUUUAAUUGACUCUUUUUGCCUUAUGGCAAUUGCUAAAGUUUCUACAGCAAUUAUAAAUAAGUAAGGAGAGAGUGGAUCACCUUGCCUAACACCACGUUCCAGAGUAAAGAAGUUAGAACUAACGCCAUUGUUUAUAACACAGCUUUGAAUGUUGUUAUAAAAGGUUUUCACCCAUUGAAGGAAGUCUCGUCCAAAGUUAAACUUUUUAAGACUCUCAAUGAGAAAUUCCCAUUCCACACUAUCAAAAGCUUUUUGAAAAUCUAUAAACAACAGUAAACCUGGGAUGUUUUCCUUAGCUGUGAAGUCCAUAAUAUCGAAGAUAGAACGUAUUGCUUCACCAAUGAAACGAUCUUUAACAUAACCCGUCUGGUUGUAGUGAAUGAUACUGGGUAACACCUUUUUAACCCUUGCUGCGAUCACCUUGGACAUAAUUUUCGUAUCUACAUUAACAAGAGAUAUCGGCCGCCAGUUUUCGAGGAGAGUGUGAUCUUUUCCGCUUUUCUCAAGCAGAGUAAUUACAGCCUGUUUUUGUGAGCCUGACAUUUCCCCUUUUUCGAAACAUUCAUUUGCGCACCUGAUAAAACUUUCGCUUAUUAAAGGCCAAAAUUUUCUAUAAAAUUCAGCUGGAAUGCCAUCAUUUCCAGGGGAUUUAUUACCCUGGAAGCUGUCCAAGAGUUCAGAACAUUCUUCCGGAGAAAUCAAUCCUUCACAGGAAUUUUUUUGUUCCUCUGAAAGUUGGGGAAUAUUCAGAUCGUUCAAAAAUGAAGAUAUUUUCUCUCCUGUAUUAGGACUAUUAAUGCUGCUUUUGUACAAUUCCCUGUAAAAACGCUCUUGUUCUUUUAGUAUAUAGUGCGGAUCCGUUGUAGUUUUACCAUUUAUGCACAGUUUUCUUAUAUGCUUUUUAACGUGGUUCCUUUUUUCUAAGUUUAAGAAAUAUUUUGUGCUUUUCUCUCCAUGUUCAUGCCAUCUAGCCCGUGCUCGUAUUAUUACGCCUUUGGUUUUUUCUUCGUAAAACGACUCCAACUUCUCCCGAACUACGUUAUAAUGGUUGUGUUAUGGUCCUUUGGAUUAUUUUCAAGUUUACCCUUUGCUUUACUUAAUUCUUCCUGAAGGUCAAGUUCCUUUUUCACCCUUUCUUUUGCCUUUCUUUUAGAGUAUUGAAUAGCAUGAGCUCUUAUGUUAUAUUUAACCCAAUCCCAUAUCAUUCGAUUAUCUGUGAAUUCUUUCUGUCCUUCUGCUGUCCAAAGUGGAAUCAUCCUGGCCAUAUCUUCUUCGUACUCUUCAUCAUCUAACAGUGAGCAGUUCAUUUUCCAGUUUCCUGGCCCUUUCAAUUCGUUCUCUAACUUUCCGAGUUCUAAAGAAAUUGCAUCGUGAUCUGUUCGUACAGCUGGGAUUAUUUCAGUCAAUUCAACAAAAUCGCUCAGAUUGUUAGAUAUCAACCAGUAAUCGAGACGACAGAACACUGGGGGGAGAUUUCUGACUCCAUGUAAAGCUUUUUGCGUCAGGAUUUUUGGAUCUCCAAAUAUCUACUAAAUCUAAUUUACUUUUGAAAUCGUCGACACAAGAGAUAACUGAUUUCCUUUUUAUACUUGCUCCGCCUUUUUUUGUCGAGUAAUGGAUCGAGUGGGCAAUUUAGAUCUCCUCCUAGUAUAAUGUUGUCAACAGAAUCCAGAUUUUCAUUUUGCAAAAUUGAAAGUAGCUUGUUGAAAAAAUUCACUUGGUCUUUAUCUUUGUUCGGCGCAUAAACAUUAAUCAGCACAUAGACUUUAUCUUGGAUGCAAGCUUUUAAAAUAAUGUAUCGCCCCUCGGGGUCUACAAUUUUAUGAUUAAUGCUGCAAUCAAUACCAUUUUUAAACAAAAUCGCAACACCUCGCGCAUUUGAACUACCAUGGCAAGAUAUUAUCUCAGCACCCCAUUCAUUUCUCCAUUGAUACUCUGUUGCAGCGAUCGAGUGCGUCUCUUGCAAAAAAACCAGGUCUGCCUUACGUUUACGACACCAGAGAAAGAUGGUUCUUCUUUUGCGGAAAUUACUUAAGCCCUUCACAUUAAGCGAUAUUAGUUUAAAAGCAUCAAACAACUAACUUUUGUGUUACUGUAUGCAAAUUGUGGGACUGCAUAGCUGAAAAACAAAAGAGCCGAAGGUGUGAUUGAACAAACGAAAGGCGUGAAUGUAGUAGACAUACUUUGAAAGCAAGUAAAGGAUACUGAUUGUGCAUUGAUAAGAUUAAUAAAUAAACCCAGUAAGAGAAAAAUUAGAAUAGAAAAACACUCGAAAAAUCUAAGUACAACAAGAAGAAGAAGAAAUAAAAUAAAUAAAAUAAAAAUAAUACAGGGAAACACGUUAACCAAAACACUAGCCAGCUUAAGCUCACCUUUGAAGCAGAUAACUCCAACGCUCGUAAAAUUACCACACUUUGCAUCCGGUUAUAGUUAUAAGUUGGUAAUGUGGAAAGUAUGCAACCUUACAAAUCGUUUAAAUCGCUUAGAAAAUUAAUCCUGAUCGGAGACCCCGACGGCGAGGUCUUGACAUAAACUUUUCCGUCCAAGGUCCACACACUGACAAGAGUUCCAUCGUGUUUGCGUUUGUUAACUUCUUCAACCAGCUCUCUUCUAUAUGGCGUUAGGUUCUCGUUUAAGUAUAUUCUACGGUUACCAGAAGAAGGGUAUCCUGGAAACAGAUCAUGCAACCUCACAUCCUUUAGUUUUGUUCGCUCUUUGUACAGCCUCGCCUUUGCUUUGUGAUUUACAAAUUUAGCGAUGAUUGCUUUGCCCUUGUUAAUUUUAUGUGAUAUUUCUAUAUCCUCGGGUUCUACUGUAAUGUUGAGGGCUUCGGCUAGCUUAAUAACAACUUGUUCCGUGUUUGUGUAGGCAUCUUGUGGUAUUCCAUGGAUUUCCACGGAAUUUUUCCGCGAGUACUGCUCUAAGUUGUCAAGCUCUUCCGAUAGGCGCUCGGUUUCCUCGCGCUGAUUCUCUAGGUCUUGAUACAUUGUUUUCAGUCGGUUGUUCAUCGAUGAAAUAGUAUUCUUCAGUUCUUUAUUCGCACCCGUGGCCUUCUUAAGAGAUCCCUUUAAGUUUUCGAUUUCUUUUCCAUUGAAAUUUGCUGAUUCUGUUAGGCUGUUAAGAUCCUUUCUGUUGGAGUUCACAGAGCAUUUCAGUUCUUCAAACUCAUUUCGCAACUCUAUGUUUUCCUUUAGAAUAGUGGAUAGCUGUAUCUGAAUAUCGAUAAGAAUGUUCUUUAUCUCAAGAAGACUUGGUUCCUCUUGGCUUUCUUCUGAUAACAUUUGAAUAGCUUCUUCGAUACCUGUGUCCAUGCCGCUUGCCGCCAUGUUGGCUUUUUUCCCAGCUCGAGUGUCUUCUUCAGUGGAUCCACGUUCUCCACGUUUGUUUUUUUUCCCCUUCUUUGAGGACAUUUACGUGAUAAGUAAGAUCUCACAUUUUAGAGUGAACGGGGGAAAUCUAGAUGCCGGGAAAGCGUGGUAAGGGAUGAGUUAGUGGGACAUCGUUGAAGGCACGUCCGCCAUGAUCCACGCGCAGGCUCAGUCCAGAAAAGGGAAAACUUGGUCACGUGGUACAGAUUCACUUUUGCCGUUUACAAUAAAGUUAACGUGACUGAUGACAAACUAUUGAAAACCACUCAACUGACUCAGUUUGGUAAGUGUAGACUAGGAACUUAACUUAAAGUGAUUCUUGUUACUCUAAAACGUAACAUAUUUGCUGGUCAAAACAUAUUCACGAAUUCCGACGUUCGGCUUGUACGCUGCAAAUUUGCGGAUCUUUGAUAUUAGGCCUAGAAAUAAGCCAAAUCAGGCUUCUAAAAACCCAGGCUGACAGGUAAGUAUAUCCCGUCGGGAAAGACACCGGCCAAUGAGAAUACCGUAAAAUUCCGAAAAUAAGCCCCUCCAUGUAUAAGCCCCUCCAAAUAUAAGCCCCCCAAAGCGAUAACGCAAAAAAACCCUCCAUUAAAUCGCCCCUCCAAAUAUAAGCCCCCUGGGGGCUUGUAAUUGGAAAAUUGCCAUUGUUUUAAAUCAGCUUUGCAGUAGUCUUUGGACUUCUUGUUCUUGGUUCUUUAUAUUUUGGCUGAUUUGAUCUCUUUUCUAGAGAUCCAACGUUUGCAACUAGCAGGAUCUUCGUCCACGGUUUUUGCAGCUAAUUUAAUCCCUUAAAUACAAAGUAAAACAAAACAAAAACGGUAAAUUCACUUCCAACUAUAAGCUAACCCGAUCGGUUUUGAAACGCAAAUUUCCCUCCGUAGAUAAGCCCCUCCGAAUAUAAACCCCUCCAAAAAUAAGCCCCUCAAAAAGGGCCUUUGAAAAAAAAUAAGCCCCGGGGCUUAUUUUCGGAAUUUUACGGUAGCUCUCUAAUUUUAAAAUAAAGAUAGACCUAGCUUUAGAAACUGAUAACACGAAGAAGAAUGUAAAACGCACUGAUGUUCUUUAAUUCUUAAAAGAAUUAAAGAGUAUCUGCCAGUAAAUUAGCGGUCUGGUCGAUAUGCCGUGAAAAAUAGAUUUCACUCAUUUCUUGUGCGUUGAAAGACUUUCAUGUACCUGCACUUAACGGCCCCAAUCCGCUGGACCGUAUUUUUAAAACUCUCGAAUUUUUUAGACAAUUUUGGUUCACCCCAUGCAUCUAAAGCUCGCUUUGCGCUGCUUAAUUCAAGGCUGAAAAUCAACAAAACUUUGAAUUUUGAUUUGGAAAGAAAUAGUAAUUAUUAGAUAAAAGAUAUAAUACAAAAUACCAUCAUAAUUCCUAUGACAUAACACAGCGUUUUCUGCCAACAUUAAGCACAAUUUAACGCCAUAGCAAGAUUUUAACGAUCCCCUUCCCGCACUGAUAGAUCAAGUGGAGCCAAACCACCCCCCAAAUGGGGUCCCAAAUGUGUCAUUUGCUCUCGGAUAAAAAGUUGAAGUAGAGUAAUAUAUAUGGAAACCAUGAUAUUUUGUGAAAGAUUACUUGCGAAAAAAAUAUAAUUUCUACGAUUUCGUCGAUUCUUUCUUCUCCUAAAAUACUGCCUAAACAGUGCAUUCAUUAGUCAUUGACCAGGUGACAGCUUUUACUUCAUCAGUAUGGUAUUUCUGUUUCUUCGGCGCAGACGGGCUCUCUCUCGAAAUGUUCCUAGCGGCAGAGAGCGGUGGGAGUCGGCUGUUUCGCAGCCUAAUGAACAAAAUUCAAACUAUUAUUUACAAAAUCGAACUUCGUUGCUGGUGAUCGUAGAUAGCGGGCUCAAAAGGUGUAGAGACUUCUCACUGGUUAAACCGAGAUCUGACCAAUUAUAUGGUUUUCGAUCUGGGAAAUGCCAUAGCUUUUUAAAAUCCAAAUUAAGACUUCACGCCUCAAAGUCUUUCCGUGAGUUGAGUUGAGUUAAAUCCCUUUUACAGGCCUUUGUCAUCUGUAAGUAAGUCAAAAGCAAGAGAACAUAAAAACCUCUUGUUGAACGUUAAUUGGCAUUUGUAGACGGCGGCAAUUCGACUGCUCGGGAGUGAGUCAAGUGCAACAUAAAAUGAAGGAAUUUGAUCGGCGGCUUGAUAUUCCACAGAAACGUUUGGAGCUUCCUUAACUCCACCAUAAAGCACGACUCGCAAUUAGCUGAGGCAGGACAACAUAGAAGGCUUUUAUGUUCUCUUGGCGGUUAGGGUUAUUUCUAAGAAUUUAACUGCCCUUGAUAAGUAAAAAACAUAUUUUUUCUCUUCUAGGUAUGA